GCUUUAUUUGCAGCGAACGGCGAGGCGCACGAACCACUGACUCGCUCCUCUGCUCGCCUUUUGGAGGCACCGAGAGGGGCCCGACACUGGCCGGGCCGGGGGAGCUUUGUGGAAAUGAGUAGCCCCGAUGCUGGAUACGCCAGUAGCGACGAUCAGGCGCAAGGACGGUCCUCUCUCCCUCCCCUCAUGAUGCAGUGUCAGUGGGCAGAAUCGCUCAGCCCCUUAACCGUUGGCAAAGGCAAAGGCGAAGCCGCGGCCGAUCAAGUACAGCAGGGAGCCUCGGGCCGGGCCAAAGGAGAGACCCGCAUUCGCCGCCCCAUGAACGCUUUCAUGGUGUGGGCCAAGGACGAACGCAAGCGGCUAGCGCAGCAGAACCCGGAUCUGCACAACGCGGAACUUAGCAAGAUGCUGGGACAGUCGUGGCGGGCGCUGACCCAGGAGGAGAAGCGCCCCUUCGUAGAGGAAGCGGAGCGGCUGCGGCUGCAGCAUAUGCGGGACCACCCCCAUUACAAGUAUCGGCCGCGGCGGAGGAAGCAAGUCAAGCGCCUCAAACGCAACGACGGCGCAGUGGACGGCGGGAGCGGCUUCCUCCCAGUUCAGCAUCACCAGUUGGGUCUGCCCGGGGAGGCGGGAAAUGGAGGCAGCUGCGAGGGGCUCGGCCUUUCUUACGCAGAGCAGCCGAAUUACGCCGGUGGGAGCUUUCAUUACCGGGACUGCGCGCCGCUUCCGCUGUCGGCUUUGGGCACCCAUUUCGGAAACUACAGCUUGCCUACGCCGGAGCCCGAAUCCCAGGGGGGCAACUGCGCAGAACCUGUCUUCUUCCCGCCACCCCACCCGGAGGAAGGCGGCUGUCUGCUGGGCCCCUACGGCUACCCGACGCCGCCUGGCUCCGAGUAUCCGGGCAACGGCGUGCCUGCCGGCGGCCACAACAACAAUGCCGGUAGUCCCAGUGUCGGCGUCAGCUUUUUCCGUAGUCGCUUCCCGGUGUCCUUGGCCUCCUACCCUUCCUCGCCCGCCCCGGACCACGCGCAGCAGCAGCAGCAGCAACCCCGUCGCCGGGCGGAGGCCCCCGCGGGGCUCGAGCAGCUGCCCCCGCACGACGUGGACUUGCUGGCAGAUGUGGACCGCGCCGAGUUUGAGCAGUACCUGCCCUUCGCCUGCCGUCCGGGCGACCUGGGGCUCCCCUACGCGAGCCACGAAGGUCCGGAGGCUAACGCCGCUGCCUAUUACUGCGCGGCCGCGGGUGGGGCCGGAACGUAUCCCGAGUUGUGAGUUGCAACGUCUCCAGGCGGGUGACGGCGGGGCAGGUGGACCCCGCUAAUACUAUUUAUUGUAAUUUAUUGACUGCGCUUCCAUUAGGCCAUUUGUAGAAAUGGAAAGAGGGGAAGGAGCUGCCGAGUUUCUAAACACCGGCACGUCCGCGAGGCUUGUUCUUGCAGGAGGCUCACUUUCGGGGGAAUAUAGGCAUAUCUUGCCUCGUUCAGGAUUUGUACAGAAUGGGUUGGGCUUGGACUAAAGCACCCCGAUUAAAGUUUCACUUGGAACAGCUUGGCAAUAAAAACCCAAAACAAAGAAACCUUCAGAUGGUUUUUACACCAAGGUGUGGCGGAGUUGUGUCAUUCUUUAGAGCAGUGUUUUUCAACCUUUUUUGUGCAAAGGCACACUUUUUUCAUG